AAAAAAAAAAAAAAAAAUGGAUGAUGUAUUGCCGGCAACGUCUGCAAAACCUAAUAGCAUUGGCGUGUUAAAUAAAGAUUCUGUUCACAAAAUUUGCUCAGGGCAGGUAGUUCUGAACCUGGCCACAGCAGUGAAGGAACUAGUGGAAAACAGCCUGGACGCCGGGGCGACAGCUGUAGAGGUUCGUCUCAAGGAACAUGGCAGCCAGUUGAUUGAAGUCACUGAUAAUGGCUGUGGCGUGCAGGAGCAUGACUUCCAGGGUCUUGCCAUGAAGCAUUAUACUUCUAAACUGCAAGAGUUUUCUGACCUGACGUGCGUCGAAACAUUUGGUUUCCGCGGUGAAGCCCUCAGCUCCUUGUGUGCCGUCAGUGAAAUGUCUGUGUUGACAUGCCAUGCAUCUGCGGCAUGCGGCUCCAGACUGGAGUUCGACCACAGGGGCCUCAUCACCUCCUGCAAGCCGCACCCUAGACAGGUUGGAACCACGGUUAUUCUAGCCAACAUUUUCUGCACUUUGCCCGUGAGGCAAAAAGAAUUUCACCGGAAUCUUCAGAAAGAAUUUGCUAAAAUGGUUCAACUACUCUAUGGUUAUUGCUUGGUUUCAACAGGAGUCAAAAUUUCAUGUUCUAACCAUACACAAAAAGGAAAAACGACACUGUUCUCUACACAUGGUGCUCAGACUGUGCGGGAGAACAUAGCAUCAGUAUUUGGAACUAAGCAGUUGCAAAAUCUCAUGAAUAUUCCCGAGGACUUACCCUCAGAGGCUGCGCUCAUGGACUUGGGCUUGUCGCCCCAGCUGGCCGGCAAGAGGGACUUGUUCCGGCUAGAAGGCCACGUGACGUCCUGUGCACACGGCCAGGGCCGCGGUGCCCCCGACAGGCAGUUCUUCUACGUCAACUCCCGACCGUGUGAGCCGGCCAAGGUUAUGAGAUGUGUAAAUGAUGUAUUCCACCAGUUCAACAGACACCAGUACCCUUUUGUUUUCCUCAACAUAAAAACCUCUCGACAGAACGUGGAUGUCAAUAUCACACCAGAUAAGAGACAAGUUUUUAUUGACUGCGAGAAACUUAUGGUAUUCAUUGUCAAGGCUUCCCUCCUCCACCUGUAUGACAGUGUCCCCUCCUGCAUUCCAGUAUUCACUUCAAGUCCCACCUCCACCCCGACCCAGUCGCCGACCAGUGGCGCCAACAUUGCAGCCAUGCUGAGCCGGUGGAGCCAGUCGCCGAGCCAAGCUGCGCCCACUCUCGACCAGCGCCAACAGUUUGGAGGAGUGAAGAGGAAGGAAGCAGCACAGGAGAAAAAUGGCCAUAAGCAACUCCGGCUGAGUCAGUUUAUCGCCUCUUCAACAGAUGUAAAUCCAGACAAGACAGUCAAUUUUGUGACGACACCUGUGGUAAAUAGUACAUGUGAUCUUUCAUAUGCUGAUACAAACCAUGAACGAAACCAUGUAGGAGUGGAUGACGCAUUUGCCACCCAGGGGCAGAGUGACUGUGAGACGUUGCCGGUCAAUAACGUGCAGCUGUGUACAGUGGCACCCACAGUUAGUUCAUGCACCAGCACAGGCAACCGUGUAGGAACUCAAACAAACUCUGUACGUUCUGGCCUUGUUGUGGAUGAUGUGGGGGAAAUUGCUGUUUCUGGUACCGGCGUUAACACUGUAGAAGAGAACUAUUCUACAAAAGCCAGCAGGGAAGGAACGACCUCUCCAUUAGGAAGGUUACAGGAAGAGUUUAAAGAUAUCAAGUGUGCCAUGGACAGUAAUGAGGAAACGUUAACUUCUGCUUGUAAUAACAGCUGUAACGAUAGUGGUGUAAAUAGAAGACAGGAUGUCAUUCCCUCUGAUGACAUUGAAAGAUUACAUCAAGAAGAUGAAAAAGGAUCACCUCAUAUUGAUUUGGAAAAUUCACAUGACCUUGAAAGAAUAGAAAGUGACUCAGAAGCUGUACCUUAUGUUGCACGUAUUCAGAAUGCGAACAGUGCAGAUGAUUUUGAAAAAAGGACACUUUUAGUUACUAAAACUUCAGGAGUGUUGACCGAUGAAGAAUUUGGUUCUCCUCCAGUGAUCCGUAAAGUAGUAGUAAUGUCUGUGACAAUCAGCAAUGUAAGAGAGCAGUUUGAUUUGCAAACAAGAUUGAAGAACGUUUCAUUGGAAGAUGGUGAUAAACAUUCUAUCAAGUUUUGUGCCGAGAUCAACCCCUUGAAAAACAGUGUUGCAGAGGAAGAGUUAUCGCGAGAAGUUACCAAAAACAAUUUCCCACAGAUGGCAAUAAUAGGCCAGUUCAACCUGGGAUUCAUCAUCACACGCCUUGGACCAGAUCUGUUCUUGAUUGAUCAGCAUGCGUCAGAUGAAAAGUAUAAUUUUGAAAUGUUGCAGAAGAACCAGGCUCUGAAAAGUCAAACACUUGUUGUGCCUCAAACAUUAGAACUCACUGCCGUUAGUGAAAAUAUUCUGAUGGAAAAUAUGGAAAUCUUCCAGAAGAAUGGUUUUGAUUUUGUUGUGAGUGAUGAAGCGGAACCAACGAAGAAGGUGAAACUAGCUGCUAUUCCAAUAUGUAAGAACUGGGUGUUUGGGAAGGAAGACAUCAACGAACUGCUUUUCAUGUUGCAGGAUGCGCCAAACACAAUGUGCCGACCCUCUCGAGUGAGAAUGAUGUUUGCAUCACAAGCCUGCCGCAAGUCCGUCAUGAUUGGGGCAGCUCUGAGCCGGUCAGACAUGAGGCGACUUGUCGACCACAUGGCAGAAAUGGAACGCCCAUGGAACUGUCCCCAUGGUAGACCGACCAUGCGACAUUUGGUGAAUUUGGUAAUGUGUGACAAAUUGGCAAGUAAUGCCAUAAAAGCGCUUGCACAAAGUGCUGUCUCCUCAUAAGUAUCAUUUAAAUGACAAAGCAUUCAGUCACUGUUUUCAUAGUCUCUCCAUGUCUAUAUUCCUGUAAUGAAGUGUUUAAUGUUCAUGUGAAAUAACUUCAUUCCAGUUACAAUGUUUGCUCCAUUUUUGCUAUAAUUUUUUGAGAUAUUGGAAACUCUAAUGUUUUCAGUUGUGUAUGUAAAUAUUUUUUUUACCUGUAUAGUGUAUGUGUAUGUAAACUUUUAUAAAUAUUGAAAUUUUGAAAGAAAACAGUUUAUUUUUUUAUAUUAUGCAGCUAACCUAACCUAACCUAACCUAACCCAACCAACCAACCAACCAACAUUUCACUUCUUGUUCAUCUAAUUUUACAAAACACCCUACUCAUCAUAUUGAUCAAGAAAAUUUUUGUGAACUGCAAAAUACAGUGAAAUCUGAUACAUUUC